AUGGCAGAACGAUAUGAACGCCAGGAAAAACUAGGUGAAGGCACAUAUGCUACUGUCUACAAAGGAAAGAAUGUGUUUUCAGGUGAAAUAGUUGCACUUAAGGAAAUAAAUCUUGAUUCGGAAGAAGGAGCUCCAUCGACAGCAAUACGCGAGAUAUCCCUAAUGAAAGAACUCAAGCACGAAAACAUUGUCAGAUUAAUGGAUGUCAUUCACACCGACUAUAAGUUAAUGCUUGUUUUUGAAUACAUGGAUCAGGAUUUAAAAAAAUACAUGGACACACAUGGAAGAAACGGAGCGCUCGAUCAUUUUGUUAUCAAAUCAUUUAUGAAGCAGAUGCUUAAAGGCAUCGCAUUCUGUCAUGAAAACAGAGUGCUUCAUCGAGAUCUUAAGCCACAGAAUUUGCUCAUCAACAAACACGGUCAGCUGAAAUUGGCCGAUUUCGGCCUCGCGCGUGCAUUCGGUAUACCUGUGACUACUUACUCGAACGAAGUUGUCACUCUCUGGUACCGAUCCCCGGACGUUCUUCUUGGUUCUAGACAAUACAACACUUCAAUUGACAUAUGGUCCGCCGGCUGUAUUAUGGCCGAAAUGUAUUCGGGGAGACCUUUGUUUCCGGGUACUACCAACGAAGAUCAACUCAUAAAAAUAUUUAGAUGCAUGGGGGUGCCGAAUGACGUUACCUGGCCUAAUGUAACUCAAUCUCUUGAUUUCAAACCGAAUAGAUACAAAAUCCCUAAUCCAACUGGGUUACAAUCGCAGGUGCCCAUGAUGGAUAAGGAUGCAUUGGAUUUAUUGACUCAGAUGUUAGUGUAUGUUCCGGAUAGAAGGAUAACGGCCAAGGAAGCACUGGAGCAUAGAUAUUUCGCUGACAUGCUUCCAUCUCCUAUUGACACUACGCGCGUCAUGUCUGCCCAAGCGACUCCAAUUUCGCACCCUCUUUCAAUUGAUCAUAUGGACUCCACUCCCGCAAGCUCGACUACGACUCUUGUUGGAUCAGCUCAAAGUAGUGCUAGUAUGACGCUUGGAGGAGUAACAGUACCAGUAGCUACAACUCAAACAAUACCAAAUGUUACCCAGAUGAACGUUACGCAAUUGAAUCCGACUCAUAUGAAUGCAACUAGGAUGAACCAUGGCCAUUUACAGAAUCCGGCUCCAUCGACAACGUUAAAUGCGAUGAAUACAAUGAAUCCACUGAAUGCGACGCAGAUGAACGGAAGACUAGCUACUAAUACUAUUAGGGUAAUGCCACCGCAACAGAUAGGGAUUCAGCAUGAACAUGCAGAUGAACGGCAUGCAAUUGGCACCAAUGAAUAA